UCAUAGGCAAAACCUGCCAGACCCUCCCAGGGGGAGAGGACCUCCGAGUACCAGGGCCGACUCCGCUCCUGAGGCCGCUGAGCCCUCCUGCACCUGUCGGGCCCGGGAAGUGCCAUGGGACAGCUGAUCCCCAAGUUAAUGAGCAUCUCUGGGAACCAGGAGCACAAGGUUAUCAUCGUGGGACUGGACAAUGAAGGAAAGACCACCAUUCUCUACGGAUUCUUGUCCAAUGAGGUGGUCCAUACGUGUCCCAUCAUUGGCAGCAACAUGGAGGAGAUCAUUCUGCUGAAGACCCACUUCCUCAUGUGGGACAUAGUGAGACAGGAGGCUCUGAGCUUUAUCUGGAACACAUAUUGCUUCAACACUGAGUUCAUCAUCCUUGUGAUUGACAGCAUGGACCGGGAUUGGCUGCUGACCGCUCGGGAGGAGCUAUAUAAAAUGCUGGCCCAUGAGGCUCUGCGGGAUUCUUCAGUUGUGAUAUUUGCCAAUAAGCAGGAUGUGAAGGACUCCAUGAGGAUGGUGGAGAUCUCCCAUUUCCUUACUCUCAGCACCAUCAAAGACCACUCGUGGCACAUAUAAGGCUGCUGUGCCCUCACCAAGGAAGGGUUAGUGGCUGCCUUACCUGGAUCUCCAGGGCCUGGCUGAACCAAUGGAUGACUGACCAUCAGAACCCUUCUCCUGCCUCUCUCCUGUGAGAAUCUGGUUCACAGUUGGCUCCUGGGCCAAGCCAAUUGGACAUCUCCCCACAGGCUGCCUGCCGGGCUCGGGUAGAUGGAAUCUCAGGCCGCUGCUAACUGGUGUUCCAGUCUGAGGUCAACCAGAAACUUUGGGGUUUUGCAUGGUCAACAUGGGUGGAAAAUCAAGUGGC